AUGUCGUCGCAAAAGUAUCACAUCGAAGUUCCCGAUAAUUAUGUAAAACCUCCAACAAAUCCACAACCCAAGGAUCGUCUUGAAAUUGCAUACAAUAACGUGCAGUUUGUGGACAUUAAUGACAUUAAGAAACCCAUCGUUCCCGAACUUGACUAUUGCAAAGUGGAAUCACUAAUGAAUACCAUCGAAGAAGAUUACGAUCAAGUACCUCCCAUUGAAGCUCUCAGAUCUCCAAGUGGAUGUUUAUAUGUCUUUGGAGGAUGUCAUCGUUUCGAAGCUCAUAAACGUCUCGGAAAACAACUUGUCAAGGUCAAUAUUAGAAAUGCAACGCCUCUCCAAUUACAAAUGUAUCUCGGAUCGAGUUAUUUCACUAUUGAAGAAGAAUACAUGAAAGAGAAGCAAGAACGAGAGAAACAACAGCCAUAA